AUGAUGGCGGAUGUCGAGAUGGACGAGUAGAGAUAUUUUUUCUUAAAAGAUAUAUAAAUACAGGACAAACGAAUCUUGUUUUUUUUUCCAUCAAAAGAUAAUAUUAUAAAUUUCAUUUUUUUUCUUUUUUUAUAUACUUUUGACUGUGAUUUACAUUCAGGAAUAUUUGGUCUAAUAUGGCCUCUAAAGAUAUAUCACCUUUAACUUCUCCUACUCUGGAAACAGAACAUGUAUGCAAUUUGUGCAGUCAUCAAUAUGAACAACCUCGUAUUCUUUCAUGCCUCCAUGUUUACUGUGAAUCUUGUUUGGAGAAGCUCUUGCAAGGAACUACAGAUGAAAAGUUAGAAGAUGAAUUAAUUUCUGUUACUGGUGCCUUGAUUUGCCCUGAUUGUGGUCAAGAAACAAAGAUUUCAAAUAAAGGAGUUUCGGGUCUACAUCUUGAUUAUGUAUUAUGUAAUCAACUGGAUAUAACUGCUAUUGAAAAUAUGCAGAUUGUUUGCACAAGUUGUAAAGCUAAAGAAAAAGCAGUUGCUCGUUGCACAGAUUGUGCAACAUUUCUGUGUUCAAAUUGUGUUACAGCUCAUCAGUACAUGCGCUGUUUUGAAAAUCACAAGGUAGUAUCCUUUGAAGACAUGAAAUCAUCCAGUGAUGGGAUUGCAAUUCAUAAACCAAUAACAUGUUCAGCACAUUCAGGUGAAUCACUGAAGUAUUACUGCCAUACUUGUGAGGUACCAAUUUGUAAUGAAUGUAUGGUAAUUGAUCAUAAGCAGCCAGAUCAUCAGUAUGAACGAGCAUCAGAUGUAGAACAAAAACACCGGGAAGAAUUGGAAAACUUGAUGACAGAAAGUAAAAGCAAAGUUCAGUUUUGUGAAGAAGCGACUUCUGUUCUUCAAACAUGUUUAUCUGAAUUACAGUUGCAGCGUGAUAAUGCAAAAUCUCUUAUCGAAGAGACUUUUCAAAGUUAUAAAGUAAUACUGGAAAAAUGUCAAGAAGAAAUUAUCCAAGAAUUAAAAUUAAUACAUUCUGCUCAAGAAUUACACAUCAUGGAUACUUUCCAUAAUGUAGAGAAAACAAUUGAAAAAAUUGAAGAUGCAUGGAAAUUUACUGAUCGAUUAUUGAAGCAUGGAAAUACAAUAGAGAUUCUAUCUUUAAAACAGUUGGUUGGUGCACAGCUGUUGUAUCUCAUAAAUAAUACACCCAAACCAGAUAUUAAUGUUGAAAUCACAUUUGAAACAAACAAAGAAAAAUUUGAAGAAGCAGUAAAAGAUUCAUUUGGAAGUCUAAGAAAACCAGAAUCACCAUUAAAGGUGGAAGAGGCAACACCAAUUCAACAACCAUCACCCUUGCAUUCAUCUUCAUCUUUUGAAAGUGAAGGAUUUGUUCUUCCGUCAGGUGUCCUACAUUCUGAUACAUCAGUGCCUUCAUCAUUAGAUAUGGAUUUGGCUAACAAUGUUGUUGCCCAGUAUAAUCUGGCUCAGUUAGCAGGUAUGGCAGAAAGAAGUGCUUCACGUGGUUCACCAAAUCCAGUUUUAGCUAUUUCAGAUCUCUUGAUUCCAGCAAAUAGUACAGAUUGUGCAUCACAGUUGAAUACUCUUAGCAAUUUUUCUGCUUUAGCAAAGUUGGGAUCAGUUUCUCUUAAUAAUUCAGGUCAGAUAUUAUUGAAUGGCCAAGUAGUACCAGGUUUAACAUUGGAUUCAAUGUCUCAACUUAGAUCUCCCGUGACUCCUGCAUCUGGCAAUCAUUCACAUCCUAUUCGUAGCAUGCAACAUACUCCUCAGUCUCCUUUAGAUAAUGGAUUAAACAAUUUAUUAAAUGGAGGAGUAAAUUUAUCACCAUCUUCAACAACUCCAAUACAGCGUGGUGGUAGUCCUCAUUUAGAUUCUCCAAUACUUAAUGGCAGUCCAACAAUGAAUGUUCCCUUUUCUCGAAAUAUUCCUCCUUCUCCACUUCUGCCAUCAAAUUCAAUACUGUCUUCUCUGCCUGGACAGCCUGCUUUUAAUCCACCACCAAGAAGUUCAACUUCUCGAUUAAAUACCAUGCAGAUUAGAUGUAAAUUUGGACAAUUAGGUCCAGCAAAAGGACAGUUUAGUUCUCCUCAUGGAUUUUGUUUGGGUUUGGAUGAAGAGAUUAUUGUUGCAGACACAAACAAUCAUCGAAUACAAGUGUUUGAUAAAGUUGGAGAAUUUAAAUAUCAGUUUGGAAUUCCUGGAAAAGAGGAAGGCCAGUUAUGGUAUCCUCGAAAGGUGGCUGUUAUUCGCAGUUCAGGAAAAUUUGUGAUUUGUGAUCGAGGAAGUGAAAGGUCCCGUAUGCAGCUAUUUACUAAAACUGGGCAUUUUAUAAAGAAGAUAGCAAUUCGUUAUAUUGAUAUAGUAGCUGGAUUAGCAAUUACUGGCGAAGGUAAUAUUGUGGCUGUUGACAGUGUUUCUCCAACAGUAUUUGUGAUUGCGGAAAGUGGAGAAUUAGUUCGUUGGUUUGAUUGCAGUGAGUACAUGAGAGAACCAUCUGAUAUUGCAAUCAGUGGUAAAGAAUACUACAUCUGUGAUUUUAAAGGUCAUUGUGUUAUUGUGUUUAGUGAAGAUGGGCAGUUUGUGAGACGUAUUGGAUGUGAAAAUAUUACUAAUUUUCCAAAUGGUAUUGAUAUCAGUGAUGCGGGAGAUGUGCUUGUUGGUGACAGUCAUGGAAAUAGAUUUCAUGUAGUUGUGUUUUCGCGUGAAGGGUCAAUUUUAUCAGAAUUUGAAUGUCCAUAUGUUAAAGUUAGCCGUUGCUGUGGUCUAAAAAUAACAUCAGAAGGUUACAUAGUUACCCUUGCUAAAAAUAAUCACCACAUGUUGAUUCUCAACACAUUAUACAUCAUGUGAAUGAAUAGAAGCACAGAUAUGCAGUCUACUACAGACACUAGUUGCUACCACUAGGAUGACUGUGUUCUGCAUUUAAUGUUUAAUGCACAUUGGUAGAAAAAUAUAUACAGAAAAGUGCCUGGAUAAAAUCCAAAGUUGUCCGUUAUAGAAGUAUGGUUGAUUAUAACACCUUAAGACUCAUGUCAGAUUUAAAAUUUUAUGUAGUUAAAUUUGUUUUUAAAUAAUGAGAUUUAACUUUGCCAAUAUUUACUGAAGACAUGAGAAAUGAUGGAUAAUUGCAUAAAGAAUGUUAGUAGGCAUUUAGUUCUAGUUUUAUUAAUAACUGUUCCUGCAUUGGACAGUAGAGUAAUUGCAUUCUUAAUAACUUGGAAAUGGUAAAUAUUGAAAUUUGGAUUGAUCUAAAAAUGAAGAUUAUUUCUUUAUUAUAUUUAGCCAAAGAUAAAAAUCAAUCUAAAAUAAAUUUUAAAAAGUUGUAGGUCAUUCCAUGAAGUAGGCCUAUGGAGCCUGUGAUAUAACUAUCUGCUCAUUGAGUUUGUUUACACUUAUUGACUUUAUAGUAAUUUGUUUGGA